AUGGGCCAUACACGUUGCUGUGACGAAGCCACCAGGAAGAAAGGACAUUGGUCUCCUGAAGAAGAUUCUCUGAUCAAGGAGUAUAUAGAACAGCAUGGCACUGUAAGCAAUUGGCGUGCUCUCCCGAAGGAAAUUGGCUUGAAUAGGUGCGGCAAGAGCUGCAGGUUAAGAUGGUGUAAUUACUUGAGGCCUCAUAUUAGGAAUGGGGGUUUCACUGAAGAAGAGGAUAGGCUCAUCUGUAAGCUCUAUAUCACUUUAGGAAACAAGUGGUCUUACAUUGCAACUCAAUUGCCGGGAAGAACCGACAAUGACAUAAAGAACCACUGGAACAGCGUACUGAAGAAGAAAAUGAUAGAAAAACGCAAGGAUCAAAACAACGGUCAUCUUGAAGCAGCAACAGCCAUGGCAGAAUCACCAACAAUGAACAUCAAUAUGAAUAUGGAAAGCCCUUGUCCAAAUUUGGGUUCUGAAAUAAUCCCCCACCAACAAACCAAUCCUGCCAAUGUACCCGGAAAUGCUGACGUCAGCCCUAGCACACAAUCGCCCACGUCUCAGCAAAAUCUUCAGCAUGCCAUUGUUGAGCAAACGCUUGUGCAAGAUCGUUACCCUAGUUCUACACAGGCGAUGGAGAGUUUUGAGGCUAAUCUCAAUAUGAACAUGAUGGAAAUCUCUCACAUGGAGCCAUCCAACUGCAAUUUUGGUACUAACAAUUACAGCUCCUCCCAAAUACCACAUUCUGCAAUGGAAAUAGCAGACCAAGAUUCAUAUCAGAGAGGAACUUCCCCUCAAGUUGAUUAUACAACAAGCAUUGAAGAUUAUUUAAGGCUAGAAAGCCCUGCAGAAUUUGAUGCACUGCUGUCUGAGAAUAAUAACUCGGUUAUGUUCCCUCCAACGCCUUCUAUUACUUAUGACAGUUAUGCUAAUGGAAGCUUCCAAACAGCAUGGACUGAUACUUUUAUUGGUGAGAAUAAUAGCAACUUGAACAUGAUGGGAAUCUCUCAUAUGAAGCCAUUCAACUGCAAUUUUGCUACUAGCAAUUACAGGUCCUCCCAGAUACCACAUUCUACAAUGGAAAUAGCAGACUACGAUUCAUAUCAGGCAGGAACUUCCUCUCAAGUUGAUUAUACAACAAGUACUGAAGAUUAUGCAAUGCUAGAAAGCCCUACACCAUUGGGUGCACUGCAAAUUGACAAUGAUAAACCAGAUACAGCAUUCGAUGCACUGCUACCUGUGAAUGAUAACUCAGAUAAAACAUGGGAUUCACUGCUAUCUGUGAAUGAUAAGUCAGAUACAGCAUUGUAUGCACUGCCACCUGUGAAUGAUAACUCAGAUACAGCAUUGGAUGCACUGCCAUCUGUGAAUGAUAACUCAGUUACAGUAUUGGAUGCACUACCGUCUGAGAAUGGUAACUUCGUUACAACAUUGGAGCAGGCACUGCUAUCUGAGAAUGAUGGCUCGUUUAUGUUCUCUCCAACGCCUUCUAUUAAUUUUGAUAGUUAUGCUAAUGGAAGCUUCCAAACAGCAUGGGCUGAUACUUUUACUGAGGAGAAUAAUAGCAACAUGAACAUUGACGCUCAAUUGGCAAUGGAUUGGGAAGAUAUACUAAACUAUACUUAAACAAGAUCUCAGUAAUUCUAGAGCAGAGAGAUGGCAAUUAUGGAUGUGGACAAUAAUUUUGUAAGUCGUCCUCUACCUACUGAAGCUCUCCAAUUAUCCAUUGUCAAUCUUUCUAUUUUGAGAAAAGAUUAAAAAACGAAAAACUAUGCAUGUUUGCACAAUGAGAGAUCUCUUGCUCAU